AUUUGUAUGAAAUUCGGGCUCAGUAAGUCUAUAAAAGCAGGUAAUUUAUAGCUGCAAGCUUAUCAUUAGGGGGCACGAGUUUCACUUAAUAUGUCGACAACUGAAUGUGCGGAUCGCAUAUCCGGCAUACGAACUGUCCUUACAGUUCAACGUUGGUUAGGCAUCUGGAAGUGGCGGAAUGAAAACGAUUCCUGGAGACUACUGAAGAGAAUAUAUCCUUUUGUAUUACAUUUUCCAUUGACAUUCACAUACAUUGCGCUUAUGUGGUUGGAAGUCUUCAGUGCUAAAGGGAUGGAACAGGCCGGCAAUGUUUUGUAUAUGUCAGUGACAGAGGUGGUUUUAAUCAUAAAGGUCAUCAACAUUUGGUACAGGCGCAAACAGGCCUUACAGUUAAUGGAUGAGCUGGAAAGACAUGGACACUACAGAUUGCUAAGAGGAGAAAUUCAGUUCUGGCGCCACGAACAAAACCAUUUUAAGCGAAUUUUCUACGGUUAUAUUGGAGGAAGUUUUCUUGUAGCUUGUCAAGGAUACAUCAGCGUGUUCUACCAGGAUGCAUACGAACUUCCAUUCGGUUAUUACGUUCCCUUCGAGUGGCAUAAUCCACAGGGCUACUUUUAUGCCUGGAGCUACAACGCGGCGGCCAUGUCACUGUGCUGCCUUUCCAAUUGCCUUCUGGACACGAUGGGCUGCUACUUUAUGUUUCAUAUUGCUUUGCUUUACCGCAUUAUAGGUCAGCGAUUCCUUGCAUUGCACGAGGCGCCCGAAGAGAAGGCUCUCCCAGAAUUACGACGCAUCUUUCAGCUUCACCAGCGAGUGCGCAUCCUGACAAAGCAGUGCGAGCUGUUGAUUUCACCAUACGUCCUCUCCCAAGUUGUGUUCAGCGCCUUUAUCAUCUGCUUUAGUGGUUACCGGCUAGUGCAAGUGGGCUGGCAACGAAAUCCGGGUGUGUUUCUGACCACUGUGCAGUUUGUCGGCAUGAUGAUCAUUCAGAUAUUUUUGCCCUGUUAUUACGGCAACGAGCUAACCGUGUGUGCUAAUCAGCUUACAAAUAGCGUAUUUAACACGAAUUGGUUGGAGUAUUCUGUAACCACUCGCAAAGUUCUCAACUGCUACAUGGAGCUUCUAAAACGACCCGUAAAGUUGCGUGCGGGAGUAUUUUUUGAAAUCGGACUACCAAUAUUUAUGAAGACCAUCAAUAAUGCGUACAGCUUUUUGGCUUUGCUCAUAAAUUUGUCAAAAUAG